CGUCGGGAACUUACCAUGUCGCGUGGAAGCCGGAGCCGCACUUCGCGAAUGGCGCCCCCAGCCAGCCGAGCCCCUCAGAUGAGGGCUGUGCCCAGGCCAGCACCAGAAGCUGAGCCACCAGCUGCAGCCCCACCAUCUACAGUCGGGUCUCCUGCUGUAGCACCACGGCAGCCAGGUCUGAUGGCCCAGAUGUCAACCACUGCAGCUGGUGUGGCAGUGGGCUCUGCUGUUGGGCACACACUGGGCCAUGCCAUCACUGGAGGCUUCAGUGGAGGAGAGCAAACAAAGCCUGAUAUCACUUACCAGGAGCCUCGGGGAACCCAGCCAGCACAACAGCAGCAAGUGCUUCAGGAUGAUGGGAACCAAACGUUGGGAAGUGGCACCCCCAACCCACCCCGUAACAAGCCACAGAGCUGUUUCUUCACUUACCCUGGGCUCCGAGGCCCAUUUCCACAGGCACUCAACGAUGGCAUCAGUUUCACUGGCAUUUUCACUGCUCUGACUAAGAGGCCUGACAAGAACGAUUUUAAGGAUGGAAAGUUCAUUUGGAGGCUCCUGGUUUCAGAUGCCUCAGUCCACAGACAGCAGGCUCUGCGCCUGGAGCGAGGUGAGGCUGAACCUGCCGGCAGAGAAGGCGGCGGAGGGAAGCAGCUCACGUGA